CUCAACCCUGUGCAGUCACCGACCCACUUUAUCUUCUACCGACCACCAACUCCACUCGAUCCGUCCUCUCCUUGUCGCUCCGCUCGACACCUCCCAGAUGUCCUUUGUCAAGCUUAGCAUAUUCGGGACCUCCUUUGAGGUCACCACUCGAUAUCUCGACCUACAACCUGUUGGAAUGGGUGCUUUCGGUCUCGUGUGUUCCGCAAAGGAUCAGCUGACAGGCUCUUCCGUCGCGAUCAAGAAGAUCAUGAAGCCUUUCAGCACACCGGUAUUGAGCAAGCGAACCUACCGAGAGCUCAAGCUUCUCAAGCAUAUUCAACAUGAGAAUAUUAUCAGCCUCAGCGACGUCUUUAUCUCUCCACUAGAAGACAUCUAUUUCGUCACAGAGCUCCUUGGAACGGAUCUUCAUCGUCUACUCACUUCGAGACCACUGGAGAAGCAAUUCAUUCAAUACUUCCUCUACCAGAUACUGCGUGGUCUAAAAUAUGUGCAUUCCGCUGGUGUUGUCCAUCGCGAUCUUAAACCCAGCAAUAUCCUCAUCAACGAAAACUGCGACUUGAAGAUCUGUGAUUUCGGUCUUGCGCGCAUUCAAGAUCCGCAGAUGACCGGUUACGUCUCGACACGGUACUACCGAGCGCCUGAGAUCAUGCUCACAUGGCAAAAGUACGACGUUGCGGUUGACAUCUGGAGCGCGGGGUGCAUUUUUGCUGAGAUGCUGGAGGGCAAGCCUCUUUUCCCCGGCAAGGACCACGUACAUCAGUUCUCCAUCAUCACAGAGUUGCUGGGAACCCCGCCAGAGGACGUCAUUCAAACCAUUGCCAGUGAGAACACCCUUCGGUUUGUCCAGUCCCUGCCCAAGCGAGAACGCAAACCCUUCAGCGAGAAGCUCCACAACAGUGACCCAGUUGCAAUUGAUCUCCUGGAGAAGAUGCUCGUUUUCGACCCUCGAAAGCGCAUUACUGCCACAGAAUCACUCGCGCACGAGUAUGUGUCGCCAUACCACGACCCGACGGACGAGCCCGAAGCCGCGGAGAAGUUCGACUGGAGUUUCAACGACGCGGAUCUCCCAGUAGACACCUGGAAGGUCAUGAUGUACAGCGAGAUCCUUGACUUUCACCAAGUCGGUGAUUCGAGACUGGCUUCCGGCGUUCCAGAGGGUGCCCUGGCCGGCCCGGAGGACCCAACACACGCCGCCGCAACCCAAGCGGUCACUGCCAAAUGAAGAUGAUACACGACGACAACGCCCAUAUACGAUGACUUUGACUUCAAAUGUAUCAAACGUUCAUCCUUAGAUGCGCCGUCCCUCGCAGUACCAAUCAUUUACCGUUAAUACCACUCGCCAUUACCCGUCGCGCGACCAUCUCCCUUCUUUUAACAUCGCUGUUGACUACUAUAUUCUUGUCCGGUUUCCAGAGACGACUUCCCUUCCAUCUUCGCUGCGCGCUCUCUACCUCGUCGGUCGUUGUUCGCUCUUCUCUGAUCGUGCAGCAUUGUUCCAUUACUCUCACCCGUUAUCGUCCUACGUUGUACAUCUUCUGUUUUUCGACUGGGAGUCCCGGUAGCCUGUAUAUCCCCCCUCCCUUGCGAGGUAUUUUGCUGUUAGUUUCUGUAGUCCCCGGACUCUGUCUCUCGAUUCGCGAAAUGUACGACCACAACCCGAUAUAAACGUCCCUGGGUACAAUAAAAUUAUGUUCAAG